ACAUAACCUCAAAGUUAAAAUGUCAAAAAGCUGUCAAAUAUUUUUAAAAAAAAAUUUCUCUCCUUUUUUGUGAAAAAUAAAAAAUAAAUAAUGAACGGUCCAAGUAAAAUAACUGCAGAUUAUUCAUCUAUUGUUGGUUUAAAAGCAGAACUUUUACGAAAACGAUUGGAAGCACAAGAAUUAAAAAAUAAAAAUCCAACGCAAAAUGUUACAAAACAUUAUAAACCAAAGGUAAAAGAGACAAAAAUAACAAAAGAAAAACAAACUUCUCCUAAAGUAAUUGAAAUAGAAGAUAUAAAUUUACUUAAAAAGUCUAAACUUAUGUUGGAGGCAAAAUCGAGAUUAUAUGAAAAAUUGAAAAAUUCUCCUAAAAACAAAAAUGAUUUAUUUCUUGUCGAUUUUUCCAAUAAAUCCGACUCAGACACCUCUGACAAUGAAGAAGAAAUCAAAAAAGAAAAUGAAGAUAAAUUAAAAGAAGAAGAUGAAUUCACAGAAGAAAACUAUGAUUCAGAUGAUAAUUUUGUUGAAUAUCAAGAUUGCUUUGGACGAACGAGAAAAUGUUUACGUGAAGAUUUACCAAAAAUGCAAGACAAGGACAAUCUUCUUAGACAAAAAAUUUCAAAGGAACCUAUUGUUGAAAAAUCCCCAGAGAAAGAAAUAAAACAACCAGAAUCGCCUCAAAGAGAACCGGAAAUAGAAUUAAUGAGAAAAAAAUGGGAAGAACAAACAAAUAGACUUACAAAUAAAGAUAAUAUUUAUUACCAAGAUGUUCUUUUUGAUGAAGCUCGUACUCAUGGCGUUGGUUAUUAUAAUUUCUCCAUUGACGAAGAUGAAAGAGCCAAACAACAGGAGAAUCUUGAGAAAUUACGUAAAGAAACCGAACAAAAGCAACAGGAAAUGCAAAAUUUAAAGGAGAUGAGACAAAAAAUGGAAAAAAAUCGUUUGAAAGUGGCAAGAAUUCGACAACGAAUUCGUGCAGGAUUACCACCAGAAUUGUCAGAAGAUGAAGAUGAAAUUGCCAAAAAUCCCGAAUCUGAUAAUUCAAAAGCCAUCGAGGAAAAUAAAGAAGAAGCUGAUAAAAAAAUUGUCGAAAAUAAAGAAGAUGAAGGUAGUUUAGCGAUUAUUGAAGACAAGGUGAAAGCUUUCGGUGAAUUGUUAGGAAAACGACCUCAAUGGAGAGAAAUGUCCCAAGAAGAAUGGAUUAAAAAGAGAAGGAAGGACAGGCAAAAUGAAUUCGCACCAAAUUAUGAUAAUUUCAAAAAAGCAGGAUUCCUCAUUACCAAAAAUGAUAGAAAUAUUUGUGAGAAAAAUUCUACAGUAAAAGAACAUAAAAUAUCUCUUCCACCUGUGCAAUUGAUCAGUGAAAAUCAAGAUGAAGAAAGUGAUGAUUCCGAGAUAAUUGGACCAAUGCCAUUUGUAGAUUCACCAACAUUAAUACCUUUACCAUCUAAUCCUCCACUGUCAACAAUUCCCUUACCUCCUUCACCAAAAGAAUCGACAUCCAAUUAUGUUACUAAUUUAAAAACAAAAAAUACUAUUGAUCCAAAUAAUAUAGCAGCAGGGCUCAAAUAUUUAAGAGCUAAAUUUGAAGAAAAACAAACUUAAAAUGUUAAAUAAUAGUUAUAAUUGUUUAAAAAGAAAAUAUUUUUCGAUAUAAAUUAUUUAAAUUUUUCAAAGAACAUGUCAACAAAAUAAAUUUAUUAAUAAAAAAUAA